AUGGCUGCUCUCGCAAAACGAGAAUUCGCUGAACUCGCCCUCGAUGGAAGCAAUUUCCUCACUUGGGCACUUGAUGUUGAGAUAUAUCUCCAAUCUACAGAACUGCUGGACACCAUUGAAGAGACAUCUACGAGCACUGCAGCCCAGAAGGCAAAAGCGCUCAUUUUCCUCCGCCACCAUCUCAACCACGACCUCAAGAAUGAAUACUUAACAGAAAAAGACCCCUAUGUCCUCUGGAAAUCUCUUAAUGCACGCUUUGACCAACAGACGUCAUUGAAGCAGUACAGGAAUACAAAGUAUAAUACGCAUCCAGAGCUCAUUACUGAUUUACUGGUGGCUGAAAAGCAUAGCCAGUUAUUGAUGCAUAAUCACAAUGCACGUCCAACUGGCGCUGCACCUGUGCCUGAAGCACACACUGUUGCCCAGCAGAGCGACAAUCGGCGGGGUCGAGGCCGGGGAAGGGGGAGAGGUCGUGGCAGGGGCCCAAAGCGAGGUGGCAGAGGGGGAGCUAGCGGUAGUAACUCCCGUCCUCAGAACAAGCAAACUCAAAGAAAUGGACCAAACAAGUCACAACAGAACUCUGGUCAGUCGCAACCAUGUUAUAAAUGUGGUUGCAAAGGACAUUGGUCUAGGACAUGCAGGACUCCUAAACAUCUGGUCGAGGCUUACCAAAAGAUGCUCCAGCAAGAAGGAGGACAAAAGAAGAAAGAUUCUGGGCAAUCAUCUUUGCCUGAAGUAAAUGCCCUCAUCUUAGGGAAUGAUGACCUGCUAGGCGAUGAACUAGCUGAUUAUGGAGAUCAGGAGUGA